AUGCGAGAAAAGACGGUGGAAAGGCAAAUUACAAAUCGACGCUUGUCUCGUUUUGACGUAAAUACUAAAGCAGUAAUCGGUGUUCUUCAUGGUGGAUUAGGACAUACACAUCUCAACAAAAUACUGUCUUGUUUAAAUAUUCCAACUAUCGAUUUAAAGGGGGUGAUCCUGAUUGAUCACGGCUCGAUUGGACACCACCAAUCACAGCGACCGAUGCUUAGGAGCUUUGUAGUCCCAAGCGCUGUGAGUGGCUCGUGUCCAAUUGAGCCGUGUCCAACUGGGUGCCACCCGAUUUCAAGACAUUCAAGAGAUAUGAACAAGAAGUUGAACAGGCAACAGAGAGUAUUGCGAAGGAAAGUUGUCAGAACGCAGCAGAUUUGGAAUGGCAACUCACAUUAGAGAAUAUAGAAAACAUUC